CUGGCUACAGAGGGAGAAGAGGAGUGAGGGACAGAGGGUAGAGUUUCCAUCAGCCACGGAGCUCAGCGCAGGGCCAGCUCCACUUAGAGGGAACCACGCCCCGGGGGACAGGGGAGACUGUGGCCCCCAAAGUGUCCAAACUCCUGUUAUGGAAGGGGGGUGGACCGUGAAGAUGAGUUUUAGUUAGGUUACAGGUUGACAAGAUGAAGUUCGGGAAGAGCAUCUGCGUACUCAACGUAGGGGGAACCCGGUACGCCUUCACCCGUGAGGUGAUUAGGGAUUUCCCUCUCCGGCGCGUCAGUCGCCUGCAUACCUGCGCAACCGAGAAAGAGGUUCUUGAACUGUGCGACGACUACGACCGGGACCGGAAUGAGUUUUUCUUUGACCGCCACGCGCAGGCUUUCGUGUUCAUCAUGCUGUACGUGCGCUCGGGUAAACUCCGCUUUGUCCCCGGAGUGUGUGAGCUGUCCUUCUACACAGAGAUGCUCUACUGGGGGCUGGAGAGCGCGCACUUGGACUCCUGCUGCCAGAAACGCCUGGACGACAGGAUGUCCGAGAUCGGACUGGACACUCUGUCCGAGGUGGACAUCGGAGUGUCUGGGGACGAGUCCCAGAGCUCGAACGAGCCGGUGCAAGUGACUGCGCUCACCGGCCGCGCUAAAUGGCUCGAGAAGAUGCGCCAGACAUUCGAAGAGCCCAACUCUUCCAUUUUGGCGCAGCUGUUGGCUUCGGUGUCUGUGAUCUUUGUGAUCGUUUCCAUGAUCAUGCUGUGUGCCAGCACCCUGCCGGACUGGGAUACAGCCAAGAGAAAUACAGUGGAGGAGCACAGGAUAGUGGAGGCCGUGUGCAUCGGCUGGUUCACAGCGGAGUGCAUAGUGCGUUUUCUGGUGGCCAGAAGCAAGUGGGACUUCCUCCGCCGGCCGCUGAACAUCAUCGAUGUGAUUGCCAUCACCCCCUACUAUGUCACCAUGGCGAUGGCCCGAGCAGGGAUGCCGGGUGCCGGGCUCGGGGUUGCUGGGGUGAUACUGCGGGUGCUGAGGAUGAUGCGAGUGUUCUGGCUCAUGAAGCUGGCCAGACACUUCCUAGGCCUGCAGACACUGGGGCUGACGCUCACACGCUGCUACCGGGAGAUGGUCAUGCUGAUGGUGUUUGUCUUUGUCGCCAUGGCGAUAUACAGCGCUCUGGCCCAGCUGCUGGAGCACGGCUUGGACUUGGGGACGCAGAACCAGGAUUAUGCCAGCAUCCCGGCAGCGGCCUGGUGGGUCAUCAUUUCCAUGACGACAGUGGGGUACGGGGAUGUGUACCCAGUGACAAUCGGGGGACGGGUGCUCGGGGGGAUGUGUGUAGUGAGCGGCAUUGUUCUCUUGGCACUGCCCAUCACAUUUAUCUACCACAGUUUUGUACAGUGCUACCAUGAACUCAAACUUCGCUCCGCCAGAUAUGCACGCAGCCUGACAGUGGAGUUACUGCAGUGAACAUGCAUUUACUGUACACCGAUCAGCCACGACAUUAAAACCACUGACAGGUGAAGUGAGUAACUUUUAAAGUCAGCAGUGUCCUGCUGGGAAACCUUGAGUCCUGGAAUUCAUGUGGAUGCACCUUGUCAUGCUCCACCUACCAAAAUACUGUUACAGAGCUGGUACACCCCCUCAUGGUAAUAGCACUCCCAGACAGCGUUGGCCCCCCAGCAGAACGACACGCCAUGACACACCACAAAAACUGUUCAGGAAUGGCUGAAAGAGCCCAAGGCAUCGUCCUGGCCUCCAACUUCUCCAGAUCCCAAUCUGAUUGAGCAUCUGUGGGACAUGCCGUUUACCCAAAUGUACACCCGAUCUACGGUUGGGCCUCUUUGGAUCAGAAUUGGCUCUGACCUGUCAAGGCAUGGACACAGGACCUCUGCGGGGUGUCCUGUAGUGUCUGGCAUCAAGGUGAUGGCAGCAGAGUCUUUUGGGUCGCAAGGUGAGGCACCAUUAUAUCUCACAGAUGCUCGAUUAGAUCGAUGGGUCGAUGCCUUGACCUCUUUGUCAUGUUCCUCGGGCCAUUCCUGAGCAGUUUUUUGCAGUGUGGCAUCAUGCUUUCUACACCGGCUGGGGAUUGUCGUUGCCAUGAGGGGGAGUACUUGGUCUGCACUGGUGUUUGGAAGAGUGGAGCAUGUCAGGUGGUACCCGUAUGAAUGCCAGGAUCCAAAGUUUUCCAGCAGAACAUUGCGCUGUAAGAGAUGAUCAAUGUUAUUCACUCCACCCGUCAGUGGUUUUAAUGUUGUAGUUUAUCAGUAUACACCAAAAUACCUUUGGCUCUGCCUUCAGCAGAGAGAAAUACAACAAACAAGUGGACCCAUUGUGAAAUAAUGAUCGACUUUCAGCCUUGCCCUGUUUCCUGCCUGAGCUGCACCUGAUUUUAUUUGGCCUGUCUAGUUCCUGCCUGUUGUGUUGAUGAUCUCCAAUGAUUGUCCUCAACCAGCAUGCGCCUGUCUCCUUAACAACGCUACUUGGACAGAAGAAUAGGAAUACACAAAUAAUUAUUUAUUAAACACACACAGGCGCAGUCAAUCCAGUUUUGACAGCGGCUGCUGUUUACACUGUAUUCCCAUGGUUACAACAUUGGCAGAGACGGCUGCCUUUUUGUGUGUGUGUGUGUGUGUGUGUGUGUGUGUGUGUGUGUGUGCUGCAUCCAGUGCUGUGUGUGUUUAUUUGUCUGGCCAUCAGCCUUUCACUUUGUCUAAGCUUUGCACCCAGAUGGUACAAGUUACACAAGAUUGAUGUGUGACCUAGAUGCAUUCUGUUAAACCUGUGAAAUAUGGAGAGGGAGUGAACAAGUGAGCGCGAGGUGGGGAGGCAGAAGGGGGUACGCAGAGGGCUUAGUGUGCAAGAGGGGCUUAAGCCAGGGGUAAUGUAAUAUAGAGACAGGUCAGCGUGGACUACAAGGUGGCAGACGAAUAAAAGGCUGACAGAUAUGACAGCACAGAUGGAGUGUGAAAUGGAGGAUAAAAGAUUCUGGGACAAAAAUGACACGAGAUGACAGUGCGGAGCAACCCCGAGCACACAGAAUGAAAAGACAGAGGGUGCAUCACUUCUCCAUUUGUGAGCGAAUGUAAGGCAUUUUGUGUUCCUGCGUCUCCACGGCAACCUCCAUCCUCCAACAUGUCAAUCAUAAAGGUGGUUGAUUUUGUGCGCACACAAAUAGGCCCUGUCCACGCACACACCUCCUGGCUGGCACGCAGCAUUUUUGUUUAUUGCGGUUUAUUGGGAAAAUCACAGCACAGGAUUAUGACAUUUCUGGAGGAGAAAAAAAAGAGAAAGAGAGCAGAAAAAAUGAACAUGAUGGUUCUGACAUUCAUGAUGCAGACAUGUUUGCACCGUUCAUGAUUUGCCAAGAUGAUAUGAUUUGUUAAAGAGACACAUGAUCCAAACAAACAAGUCAACACCUCUCCCACACAACAGUCUUUCUCUGCAUCUCCUCUCUUCAUCCUCCUGUUGCCAUCAACCAUCCUCUUCUUACACACACACACACACACACACACACGCACUCUUCUGUUGCAGAAAUUAUUAAUGAGUCUGUUCGUUAUCUGUCAGCCCUUCACAGUCUACAUGUGUUAUUUCCUCAUAAGCUUUGAGCCUUGUAUGAGUUUAGUAUAUACUGUAGACAGCACAUGGCUCUCAUUAUUGUUGUUGUGUUAUCAGUGUGCUUUUUACGUAAUCCCAAAAUUGGCAUAAAGUGGCAUAGCUUUAUAGCCCAGUGAAUUUUUGGCCAGGCCUGGCUGAAACCAUCAAUCGAAAUUUUUUUUUCAUCUAUGAACUUGUAAUUAAUGUGAUUAAUGUACGGGCUUUUAUAAUAAAUUCAU